ACCAUUUAAUUUCAUUGCACCCUCUCAAUACUCUUUGCCAUUACUCUCCUCUCCCAAUUUUUCCUCUCUCUUCCUCCAAGAUUUUUUUUUUUUCCUCCAAGAUUUACACCUAGCUUUCAAGCUCUUCGCCAAAAAACCGCCUGAUCAGUACAAAACCAUCUCUGGUUUUCCGACAAACAAAGCUCAGACCACACACCGAUACGCUCCUCUCUCUCCCUUUAGGGCUUCGCCGCGUCUUCCUAACAAUUUAUUGAGAUGUAUGUCUGAAGACAACACUAGGAAGAAGGUUAAAGGGCUUGCUUUCAAUUUCAAGUUUAAGAAAAAGAUGUUUGAGCCAAAUAUGUUUCUUGCGGCUAUGAACAACGAAGAUAGCAACAACCACAACUACAACCAUGAAGACAACAACAAUAACAAUGAAAGAUUUCUUCGGGACGAGGAAUUCGACAGUGCGAAUACUAAAUCGGGAAGUGAGAAUCAAGAAGGCGGAUCAGGAAACGAUCAAGAUAAUCAUCAUCCUAAUAAAAAGAAACGAUAUCAUAGACACACUCAACUUCAGAUCCAGGAGAUGGAAGCAUUCUUCAAAGAGUGUCCCCACCCGGAUGACAAGCAAAGGAAACAACUUAGCCGUGAACUAGGUUUGGAACCUCUUCAGGUCAAAUUCUGGUUCCAGAACAAACGCACCCAAAUGAAGAAUCAUCACGAGCGGCACGAGAACUCGCAUCUUCGGGCGGAAAACGAAAAGCUUAGAGGAGACAACAUUAGAUAUCGAGAGGCUCUUGCAAAUGCUUCAUGUCCUAACUGUGGUGGUCCAACGGUUAUUGGAGAAAUGUCCUUUGACGAACACCAACUCCGUCUUGAAAAUGCUCGUUUAAGAGAAGAGAUCGAUCGAAUAUCUGCAAUAGCAGCCAAAUACGUAGGCAAGCCAGUCUCAAGCUAUCCUCUUAUGUCUCCACCUCCACUUCCUCCACGUCCCUUAGAACUCGCCAUGGGAAACUUUGGAGGAGAUGUUUACGGAAACAACCCAACCGAUCUCUUCAAGUCCAUCACUGCACCAACAGAAUCUGACAAACCGCUGAUCAUCGACUUAGCCGUAGCUGCAAUGGAAGAGCUCAUGCGAAUGACUCAAGUGGACGAGCCUUUGUGGAAAAGUUUGGUUGUAGACGAAGAAGAAUAUGCACGAACGUUUCCUAGAGGGAUCGGACCUAAACCGGCUGGAUUUAGAACCGAAGCCUCACGAGAAAGCGUGGUUGUGAUUAUGAAUCAUGUGAACAUUGUUGAGAUUCUCAUGGAUGUGAAUCAAUGGUCGGUUGUUUUCGCGGGGAUGGUGUCUAGAGCGGUGUCAUUAGCGGUUUUAUCGACUGGGGUUGCAGGAAACUAUAAUGGAGCUCUACAAGUGAUGAGUGCAGAGUUUCAAGUUCCAACACCGUUAGUCCCCACCCGGGAAACUUACUUCGCACGUUACUGUAAACAACAAGCAGAUGGUUCUUGGGCGGUUGUCGAUAUUUCAUUAGAUAGUCUCCAGCCGAAUCCACCGGUUAGAUGCAGGAGGCGAGCUUCUGGAUGUUUGAUUCAAGAGAUGCCAAAUGGAUACUCUAAGGUGACAUGGGUGGAACAUGUGGAAGUUGAUGACAGAGGAGGAGUUCAUGACUUAUAUAAACACAUGGUUAGUACUGGUCAUGCCUUUGGUGCUAAGCGCUGGGUAGCUAUUCUCGACCGCCAAUGCGAGCGGUUAGCUAGCGUCAUGGCUACAAACAUUUCCCCAGGAGAAGUUGGCGGUAUAAACAUAAUACUAUUUGUUUUACACAAGUACUUUCUCAGAAUCAUAGUACUAAUUUUGAUAAAAUGUGCAGUGAUAACUAACCAAGAAGGGAGGAGGAGUAUGCUGAAACUGGCGGAGAGGAUGGUUAUAAGCUUUUGUGCAGGAGUGAGUGCUUCGACCGCCCACACGUGGACUACAUUGUCUGGUACAGGAGCUGAAGAUGUUAGAGUGAUGACUAGGAAGAGUGUGGAUGACCCAGGAAGGCCUCCGGGUAUUGUUCUUAGUGCAGCCACUUCCUUUUGGAUCCCUGUUCCUCCAAAGAGAGUCUUUGACUUCCUCAGAGAUGAGAAUUCAAGAAAUGAGUGGGAUAUACUGUCUAAUGGAGGCGUUGUUCAAGAAAUGGCACAUAUUGCUAAUGGGAGGGAUACAGGAAACUGUGUUUCUCUCCUCCGGGUGAAUAGUGCAAACUCUAGCCAGAGCAAUAUGCUGAUUCUACAAGAGAGUUGUACUGAUCCUACAGCUUCCUUUGUGAUCUAUGCUCCGGUUGAUAUUGUAGCCAUGAACAUAGUGCUAAACGGAGGCGAUCCGGACUAUGUGGCUCUGCUUCCAUCAGGUUUUGCUAUUCUUCCUGAUGGUAAUGCAAAUGGUGGAGGAGAAGGAGGGUCGCUGCUGACCGUUGCGUUUCAGAUUCUGGUUGACUCAGUUCCCACGGCUAAGCUGUCUCUUGGAUCUGUUGCGACUGUUAACAAUUUGAUUGCUUGCACUGUUGAGAGGAUCAAAGCUGCUAUGUCUUGUGAGACUGCUUGAAAAAAAGCACCCAUUAUUAGGAAAUAAGAUAUCGGUUUGAAGAGAGCUUUUUCGGUGUUAAGCGGACGAGUCAAGAGCGAACCUCACAAGAUAGACCAUUGAGUAAGGUUAUAUGUGUAGUGUUAAGUUUUUUCUCUGCUUAUUUGUUGAAACAAAGCAGUGGAAAAACUUUAUACUUACAAGUGAAAAUGCAAAUGGCUUUAAGAGGUUCGGGAAUUGACUUCCCCUGCAACAUACUGGAUUAGAAAAGUUAAAAGGUCAACAAAUGCUUCUUAUAAACUUGUUUUUGUGUCACAGUUGUGUUUCUUCUUUCUGUCUUGUAGUUAAGACUUUGAAGCUUGUAUUUGCUUUGUAAGCGUAUGGAAGUUGGUUAAUCAAAAAGCUCCCACUUUAGGUUA